AGAAAGACAAAGGAAAGUACAGAGAGAAAGGAAAUUGAGAGAGACAGAGAGAGUGGGUUUCUAAAGUUCAUCCAGUAUCAAAAAUGAUGACAGAAUAACAAGGAUAGUAACACUUCCAAUAUUAAUAAAACCAAUGCCUACACUUCAAUUCUCACUCCUCAUUUCCAAAUCGCAAUAAAUUCUCGCGGCAAAACCUGAAUAGCGUUUUUUAAUUCUUUUCGAGAUUCGUUCUUCGAUGGGAUUGUCGCGCAACGCGGCGUCGCAGCCGGAGAUCGAUGACGCCGGUGGUGACAUUGGAUUCCACGCGAUCCGCGGCGGAUUCCCCUUCAAGAGAAACCCUAGCCACUACCGGCACCGGGGGUCGUUCGAUCGGCAAUUGCCGCGGACGAGCAACAGCAGCAGCAGCAACAGCAGCAGCCGAUCUCACCUGCACAGCCGCCUCACGCGCAAGGGCUUGUUGCUGUGGCUCUUCCCCUUCUCCAAGUCCAAGUCCGGAUUGUAUGCCCUCAUUAUUGCCGUCGUGUUCCUCUUCGCGUUCGCCUCCGUGGUUAUGCAGAACUCCAUCACCUCCGUCUUCCGCCAGCGCGCCGAGCGAGGCCGUUACCGCCUGGAAGGGCUUCGCUUCGGGACCACGCUCCGCUUCGUGCCAGGGAGGGUUUCACAGGGGUUCCUCUCCGGCAACGGACUCGAUCGGAUUCGCUCCCAGCCCAGGCUUGGCGUUCGCCCGCCCAGGAUAGCUCUCAUUUUAGGGCACAUGACAAUCGAUCCCCAGUCACUGAUGUUGGUUACUGUGAUUCGGAAUCUACAGAAGUUGGGUUAUGUUUUCAAGAUAUUUGCAGUAGGGCAUGGGAAGGCCCACUCAAUAUGGGAAAGCAUAGGUGGUGGAAUCUCUCGUUUGAAUAUAGAGAAGCAAGGCCUGAUUGAUUGGUCAAUUUUUGAAGGUAUCAUUGUUGGGUCCCUAGAAGCAAAAGAAGCCGUUUCAAGCCUUAUGCAGGAGCCUUUUUGUUCAAUACCAUUGAUAUGGAUUAUUCAAGAAGAUAGACUUUCAAGUCGCCUUCCAGUUUAUGAGCAAAUGGGUUGGGAGCAUCUUGUUUCUCAUUGGAGAAACGCUUUUAGCAGAGCCAGUGUUGUUGUGUUUCCAGAUUUUACUUAUCCGAUGUUAUAUAGUGGGCUUGAUACUGGAAACUUCUUUGUGAUUCCUGGGUCACCAGUAGAUGUGUGGGCUGCAGAAAGGUAUCGUGAGACCCAUGGAAAGGAUCAGCUAAGGGAACUUAGUGGAUUUGAUAAAUAUGAUAUGGUGGUUCUAGUUGUUGGGAGCUCAGUCUUCUAUGAUGACCUAUCUUGGGACUAUGCUGUUGCAAUGCAUUCCAUAGGGCCUCUGCUGACAAAAUAUGCAAGGAGGAAUGAUGCAACUGAGUCAUUUAAAUUUGUUUUCUUAUGCGGCAAUUCUACUGAUGGUUCAGACGACGCUUUACAGGAAGUUGCUUCACGUUUGGGACUUCUUCAAGGUUCCGUACGGCAUUAUGGCUUGAAUGGUGAUGUGAAUAGUGUGUUACUAAUGGCUGAUAUCAUCCUAUAUGGUUCUGCUCAGGAGGUGCAAGGUUUUCCUCCAUUAUUAAUCAGAGCAAUGACUUUUGAAAUUCCUGUUAUUGCACCUGAUUUUCCAGUGUUAAAAAAAUAUAUUGUGGAUGGAGUACAUGGGAUAUUUUUUCCCAAACAAAAUCCUGAAGCUUUGAUGACUGCUUUUUCACUUUUGAUUUCAAAUGGAAGACUUUCUAAAUUUGCUAAAGCAAUUGCAUCAUCUGGAAGGCGACUUGCAAAAAAUGUAUUAUCUUUGGAUUGCAUAACUGGCUAUGCAAGGCUUCUGGAGAAUGUACUCAGUUUUCCCUCAGAUGCUUUACUGCCUGGUCCUGUUUCUGAGAUUCAACAGGGGUCAUGGGAAUGGAAUUUAUUACAGAAUGAAAUAAACCUAGGCAUUAACUGGUUAAAAAUGGAUGGUGGUUUUCUCAACGGAAAAGUUUCUGUUGUUUAUGAUCUUGAGCAUGAGUUGGGAGGUCCUAAUUAUUCAACUAGUGUCUUUGAGAAUGGAACAGAGUUUUCAGAGCAAAAUGAAUUAACCCAAUUGGAUUGGGAUGUUUUGAGAGAGAUUGAAAUAUCCGAAGAGAAUGAAAUGUUUGAAACUGAAGAGGUUGAAGAGAGAAUGGAGAAAGAUGUUGGUGUAUGGGAUAAUAUAUAUCGUAGCGCUAGAAAAUCUGAGAAACUGAAGUUUGAAGUCAAUGAGAGGGAUGUAGGGGAGCUUGAGAGAACUGGACAACCUGUGUGCAUUUAUGAGAUAUACAAUGGUGCAGGAGUGUGGCCACUUUUGCACCAUGGCUCUCUCUAUCGUGGGUUAAGCCUUUCUAGAAGAGGACAGAGACAAAGUUCUGAUGAUGUGGAUGCAGUUGGUCGUUUGCCUCUUUUGAAUGACACAUAUUAUCAGGAGAUUCUCUGCGAAAUGGGAGGAAUGUUUGCUAUUGCAAAUAGGGUGGAUAACAUUCACAGGAGGCCUUGGAUUGGGUUUCAAUCAUGGCGUGCUGCUGGUAGGAAGGUAGCAUUGUCAAUGAAAGCUGAAAAGGUUCUGGAACAGAGAAUGCAAGAGAAUUCCAGAGGAGAUGUAAUAUAUUUUUGGGGACAUUUAGACAUGGAUCGGAUUAUCAUAGGAAACAACAAUGCAAUUUCUUUUUGGUACAUGUGUGACAUCUUAAAUGGAGGCAAUUGCAGAACUGUUUUUCAAGAUGGCUUCCGCCAGAUGUAUGCAUUGCCCCCUGAUGUUGAAGCACUGCCCCCAAUGCCUGAAGAUGGUGGUUAUUGGUCAGCACUGCACAGCUGGGUGAUGCCAACCCCUUCUUUCUUAGAGUUCGUAAUGUUCUCUCGGAUGUUUGUUGAUUCCAUUGAUGCCCUGCGCAGAGACUCCAGUAAACAUGGCUUGUGCUUGUUAGGGUCUUCGGAGAUUGAGACGAAGCACUGCUACUGUCGAGUGUUGGAACUUCUAAUCAAUGUAUGGGCUUAUCAUAGUGCACGAAGGAUGGUAUACAUAAAUCCUAACACUGGUUCUACGGAAGAGCAGCACCCAAUUGAACAACGGAAGGGAUUUAUGUGGGUAAAAUACUUCAAUUUUUCACUGUUGAAGAGUAUGGACGAAGAUCUAGCCGAGGCUGCAGAUGAUGGUGAUCACCCAAGGGACAUGUGGUUGUGGCCAAUGACAGGUGAGGUACACUGGCACGGGGUUUUUGAAAGGGAGAGGGAAGAAAGGUACAGGCUAAAAAUGGAUAAAAAAAGAAAAACAAAAGAGAAAUUAUUUGAAAGAAUGAAGUAUGGUUACAAGCAGAAAUCACUUGGAAGAUAAGGAAUCUUCAAACUUGAAAUUUACGCCUCCAAACAAUUUGUGAAUCCGUUUUUGCUUCAGUCAGGAAAAUUGUCUUGCUAAUCGGAGAGGCUUUGGUUCUAACAUUGGCACAGAUCAUAUCAUAGGGACAAUAUUGUUUCUUUCUACAUUAACUGAAUACGUAUACUCAACCCUCUGUCUCAUAAAAGGGCGAGACAGAGAGCAAAGGAGUGUUCCAUCUUCUGCUGUUCAUUAAUUUCCUGGCCUUUUUUCAUGGUCAAUUAUAGCAACAUAGAAGAUACAGGUAGUUCCCCUUCGACGUGUACUCAUAGUCUAUACAAAUGCAUUCAUCAAUUACACUUCAUUUAGCUUAAUUUUGUAUUCUUUCAUUAUUGUAUAUUUGGUAAAACAUUAGUGGCAAUUUUGAGUAGAAUAAUGGCUGGGAUUUACGUGAAUAGUUUGUAUUGUUAUUGAUUCUGUUGUUACUAUUAUUAUUUAUUAUUGAGAAACAAAA